UGGUUCUGCCAUCACUCAAGAUGGCUGCCCCCAUCAAGAUGACCGGGGUGUGCCUGGGGGAAAGGGGCAGCAGGAUGGUUUGAGAUGGUCUAGCAUUGAACCAUAUGGAAGUUUCUGAAACUGGGGAGCCUGAUGACGGGGGGUGGAGCCCGUGGGGGAUAGAGGGAGCAGUAGAUUGUUUCCCCAGGCGAACCCCAAACCCUCCCUGUCCCCUGGACUAAAAUGGGGAACACCCUGGGCCUGGCACCGAUGGGGACUUUAUCCCGCCGGAGCCCCCGUCGAGAGGAACCGCUGCCCAACCCCGGGAGCUUCGAUGAGCUGCACCGGUUGUGCAAAGAUGUAUUUCCAGCACAGAUGGAGGGCGUGAAGCUGGUUGUCAACAAGGUUCUGAGCAGCCAUUUCCAGGUAGCUCAUACUGUGCACAUGAGUGCUCUGGGUUUACCAGGCUAUCACCUCCAUGCCGCCUAUGCAGGGGACUGGCAGCUUAGCCCCACUGAGGUGUUCCCCACUGUGGUGGGGGAUAUGGACAGCAGUGGCAGUCUCAACGCCCAGAUCUUGCUUCUGUUGGCAGAGCGUCUGCGAGCUAAGGCUGUCUUCCAGACACAGCAGGCCAAGUUCCUGACCUGGCAGUUUGAUGGCGAAUAUCGGGGAGACGACUACACAGCCACUCUGACGCUGGGAAAUCCUGACCUGAUCGGGGAAUCAGUGAUCAUGGUUGCUCACUUCCUGCAGAGCAUCACUCAUCGGCUGGUGCUAGGAGGAGAGCUAGUUUAUCACCGACGCCCGGGCGAAGAGGGGGCCAUCUUGACUCUGGCUGGGAAGUACUCAGCUGUACACUGGGUAGCUACGUUGAAUGUUGGGUCAGGUGGGGCCCAUGCAAGUUAUUACCACAGGGCGAAUGAACAGGUUCAGGUUGGAGUGGAGUUUGAGGCAAAUACAAGGCUACAAGAUACAACCUUCUCCUUUGGUUACCACCUGACUCUGCCCCAGGCCAAUAUGGUGUUUCGAGGCUUGGUGGAUAGUAACUGGUGUGUAGGUGCUGUGUUGGAGAAGAAGAUGCCUCCCCUACCUGUCACUCUGGCCCUCGGAGCCUUCCUCAAUCACUGGCGUAACAGAUUCCAUUGUGGCUUUAGCAUCACUGUGGGCUGAAGCUGUCCUGGAGGCAACCUCCACAGCAGCUGGAACCUUUGAGUCAGAUGCCCUAGGGCCAGAGACUAACUAGGUCCCACCCCAGAGCCUACCUUGCUGGAUGACUUCUAGGUCCCCUGGGCAGAGUGGGGGACAGGAUCAUGUCCUUCUCAGAACUGGAGCUUGCCGCAGGAUCACUUUCCAAUGAGGCAGUGGUUUGAGGUCCCCAAUUCUGCCAUCAGUCCCACUAUCAUUUUCCACAAGCUCUAUGGCUCUGGACUGGAGGAGAAGGAUUGAGGGGCGUCAUCUGGCUCCCUGCACCCUACUUUCUUCUUUGUUAUUUUUGUUUGAUGACGACAUUAGCUCCUUCUUCAGAGCAGAAAAAUCUGCAUGGGAUCAGCCCCCUGCCCCAUUUCUCCCAUUUUUCCAUCCCUCUGCCUUUCAAGGUCGGGAAAGUAGGGUUAAAGAGCUAAAUCUUUGGCCAUAGAAAGACCACCCAUUCCCAGAAGGAACUUUACCUCCUAAGGUAAAGUUUUCCCAUCCUCUGUGUUUCCAGAGAACAGCUUUGUCCCUAUGGUCACCCCAGCUCCCCACUCUCUGAUCCCUGCCCUCUCCACGCCCCACAGAUGACCACACGACCAGACAGUUCCUGUUCAGCAUUUCAUUGCUGUCACUGAGCUCCCUUAGGCUGGUCCCCAUCUUGGGUACCAGCAAUUUCCCCUUUCCAGUCCAGUGUCUGGGAAGUCUGGGGAAGGAGAAAAGCCUGGGCCUCAGCUGCAGAUUUCCCCAAGCAGUGGCAUCAUAGCAGACAGUCCCUGGAUGCGCUGGAUUUCAUAUGCGUAUGCAUUGUUUAUGCUCCGGAGCUCAGCCAGCAGGCCCAUCAGCUUUGGGUACAGAAACCUUUGGAGAGAGUAGUAGGAUUGCCAGGGAAAGAAGAGGAAAUAAGGCAGCUGAGUCUUGUCCUGAGGCCCCAGUCCCCUGAACUGUCCCUCAAGGAGGCUAAGUCUGAACACUGGAGAAUCAUGCUGUGGAUGGCACAUACUAUAUUUGAAAAUGUUCAGAAGUCCCCAAAAGGGGUUCUGUCAACACUGUCUUCCUUCUUUGUGCCUAGUUUUUCCUGAGCCCAGGGCUUAGAGGUCAAGUGUAAAGGUAUGGCUAGACCUGGCCAGAACUUCAACUGUAUAGAGUCUGAAGGUGGGGCCUUCUAGAUGGAGUUCUAGGAGGAGGGCAUGUUGUUCGAUGGUAUAAAGCAUCCCCCUCUUAGCAAACUGACUUGUCAAGGAGUGAGCAGAACAGAAGUGGCAUGAACUUCAGAGCCUGGACUACUGAACUCAGGACGGGCUUUGUCCAUGAAGCUGUGAAGGACUGUGACUUCUAACGGAACCGAAAAAUUCAAGGAACUGAGACCCAAGGGAGAGGAGAGGGCCAAAAGGAAGAAUGAACAAGACUUUGGAAAUUUUGCUUUAGUUUGGAAAAGUUGGAGAGGUAAGGUGAUGGAUAUCACCAAUCUCAGGAAUGCUAUCAUACACAGGCCAAGAGCUACUACUUUGCAUCUCUACUGAAUAAAAAACAAAACAAAACAAAAAACCUUGGAAAAGUGAGAUGGAACAGCAGUAUGAAUAAUUUAGAUACUGGAACUAUGUGUGAUAGGGUGGCCCAAGGUAAGGCCUGGAUUCCUAAGUACUUGGUUUCCCAAAGGAAACAACAGUAAAAUGCAUUCAUCCUGA